GCAGAUUUGGAGUAUGGAGCAAUUAAAAUGGAAAAUAGCGGUGGUCACUGGUGCCAGUUCGGGUAUUGGUGCUGCCGUAGUCAAAGAUUUAUUAAAAGCUCAAUUGAUUGUUAUUGGUUUGGCUCGCCGCAUCGAACGUGUUGAACAGCUGAAGCAACAGUUGACCGGUGAGCAGCAACAGCGCCUGCAUGCCAUACGCUGUGAUGUGACCAAUGCCAACGAGGUGGCUGAGGCCUUUAAAGAAAUCUCUCUUCGCCACGGACGCAUUUAUGUGCUCGUUAAUAAUGCCGGCUGCCUGAGGAUGGGUCAAUUGUGCCAAAUGCCUCCGGAGCAAAUACAGGAAGUGCUGCAAACCAAUAUUAUGGGUGUUGUCAAUUGUACCCGAAAUGCAUUCGCCUCAAUGCAGCAGGGGGCGGCCGAGGAGAACUCCGAUGGAAAACCGCGUGGUCACAUUAUUUUAAUCAACAGCAUUUUGGGUCAUAAUGUACCAGUGAUUCCCGGUCAUGUACCAUCGUUAAACAUUUAUCCGGCCACUAAAUAUGCACUAACGGCUAUAAAUGAAAUUUAUCGCCAGGAGUUUCGUGCCUUGGGAACACGUAUCAAAGUUACGAGUAUUAGUCCUGGUCUAGUGGAUACUGAACUAAUAACCGAGGAGCAAAAGAAAAUUUGCCAUGGCAUUAUUUUGCAGCCGGAAGAUGUUUCCAGAGCCGUCAUGUUUGCCUUGAGUUCACCGCCACACGUUAACGUUUAUGAAUUGAUUAUAAAACCAGCGGGUGAUAUGAUUUGAUAUAU